AUGACCGUGCCUAACAUCAGCCACAGUUGCAGUGGUGUUAACAGUGUUUGGUGCAGUAGCAGCAGCAACCAGAGACAUGGACAAGAGCAGAAUUUGAGUUCCACUGGCCACCUGAUCACAGCCAUCUGCCUUGGCAUCAUCGGGAGCCUGGGCUUCCUCAAUAAUCUCUUGGUCUUGAUACUUUUCUGCCGGAAUAAAGUGCUACGGUCUCCGAUUAACCUGCUGCUGAUGAACAUCUCUGUGAGCGACAUGAUGGUGUGCAUCAUGGGCACCCCCUUCAGCUUUGCCGCCAGCACUCAGGGACGCUGGCUCAUCGGGCCAGGUGGCUGCAUCUGGUACGGCUUCGUCAAUACCCUCUUUGGUACAGUUUCACUUAUAUCUUUGGCUGUGCUCUCUUAUGAACGCUAUUGUACAAUGAUGGGCUCUACAGAAGCAGAUGCCACAAACUAUAGGAAAAUAUGGAUGGGAAUCUUCUUAUCAUGGAUGUACUCUUUAUUCUGGACCUUACCACCCCUUUUUGGAUGGAGUAGCUAUGGACCGGAAGGACCAGGGACAACAUGUUCAGUAAACUGGCAUUCGAGGGAUGCCAACAAUAUAUCCUAUAUCAUAUGUCUCUUCAUCUUUUGCCUUGUAAUUCCUUUUUUCAUUAUUGUUUACUCUUAUGGGAAGCUGCUAUGUGCUAUAAAGCAGGUGAGUGGUGUUACUAAAGGAAUGGGCCGGACAAGAGAGCAACGUGUACUGAUCAUGGUGAUUGUGAUGGUAAUUUGUUUUCUUCUUUGCUGGCUGCCAUAUGGGAUCAUGGCCCUGAUAGCUACUUUUGGAAAACCUGGUCUAAUUACGCCGUCCGCCAGCAUCAUUCCAUCAGUCCUUGCAAAAAGUAGUACAGUCUACAAUCCAGUCAUCUACAUAUUUUUGAACAAACAAUUUUACAGGUGCUUUUGUGCACUUCUGAAAUGUGAUAAAACAUCUGCUAUCACCAGCAACAAGUUUUCUUCAAAGACCACCCGAGUGUGCCGCACUACACCAAGGGUACAGGACAACAACUUCACCUUUGUUGCUGCAUCUGCAGGACUGCCAUCCUCGGAACGGCAGGAGGCCACUGUUAGCUUGCAGAAUCCAGAGCCAACCACGGACAAUGGCCGAGGGGCAAAACAAGAAGUGUUGCUUGUAGCUCACUAUAGAGCUUAAUCAAUGCGAACACUGACUUAUGCUAUGUAAUUUGGGGGUGUUGGUGGACAGGAGAAACACCUGUCAACUGGUUUUGUGAGUUUGCCUACCACUUAAAGUGAUGUAUGUUCAAUCCACCAACAAGCUGUUGCUGUCAUUCCUGAAGAUCCUGGUAAACGGCAUUUCAGAACCUUUGGGGUUUUUUAAUUAAUUAAAACAAGGGUCUCCUCUUAAAAAGUGGGGGGGAGGU